ACCUUACAAAACACAAGCAACAAAGAGUGUUCCACACAGAAACACACACAACACAACCCACAAAGAAUCACAUUCAUCCAUGGCUUUCUUCCCUUACACCUUCAACUCUUUCAAUCUUAAUAUGCCAAACAACAACCACAGAGAACAAAAAUACAAGCUUUAUGAUUAGGGCUAUCCAACUUUUCUUUGUUUUUCUCUCCACACUCUAUGUGUUUGUUCAGUGUUCCCCAGAGGUUUCUGAUAUCCCAAAAACAAAACAAAUCCACCCCUUUUACUUCUUUCACCACAAAAUUUCUUCUUUUCUUUUCUGGCCGUUCUUCAUUUGGGGGGUUUAAAUUUUAAUUUUGGUUUUAAUUUAAAUUUUCUUAAUUUGCAAUCCUGGUUUGUAUUUUUCUAGAUUUGUAGCCCAAAAAAUUUCUUGCUUUCAAAUCAGUUGUUCUGGGUGGGCUGUGGGGAACAAAGGUGAUACCUUUUGGAAAACUGGAGUCUUUUGGGUGGUUGGUUUUGUGGUCACCAUUAUUGUUCUUCCCCUUGGCAACUUUCUUAGAUGAAGGCCAUGCCCUUGCCUUUUGAGGAAUUUCAAGGGAAGGGAGUGUUGGAUUUCUCUUCGGCCUCAGAUUCAUUUUCAUUGCUUUUGCAUCAUCCACAACCAAAGUGGACCAUAGACAAAGAGGAUUAUUGCUAUGUGGGCAGCACUGAGCCCACCUCAGUUCUUGACUCCAGAAGAAGCCCAAGCCCUCCCACUUCCUCCUCUACAAUGUCCUCUUCUCUUGGCAGCAACAGCACCAGCAAGGGUGGCAGUGGCACUUCAGCCACCACCACUACCACCACUGGUGCUGCAGCCCCUACGCCCUCUGACAACAACAACCCUCCUCCGGAUUCCAGCCCUGAAAAAUGUGGCAUCAGGAUGGAUGACUGGGAGGGUCAAGAUCAAUCCAUUCUCAGGCUAAUCAUGGGCGAUGUUGAAGACCCUUCUGCUGGAUUGAGCAAGCUUUUGCAAAGCACUGCCUGUGGUUCUCAAAGUGUUGAUUUCAAUGCAGGCUUCGGUGUUGUGGAUCAAGGGUUGAAUAUGGUGAGUGGUGCUAUUGACCCUUCUGGGAAUUACCCUGCUGGUUUCCCUUUCAUUGCUGAGAAUAUUGAUGCCCACAAUGGCAAGCCUGGUUCUGUGGCUGGCCAGGUUUCAGAAUCUGUUGUUUUCUCUGCCAAUAAUCCUCUUAUGGUGUCACCAUCUGUGUCUCCUGGUGUGUUCACUUCUCAGCAGCAGCAUGAAUUUGGAGUGGUGGAUGAGAAGCCUCAGGUCAUCAACCCCCAGUUCAUGUUAAACCAGAACCAAGUUCAGUUCUCAGAGAACCCUUCUUUCUUUGUGCCAUUGAUGUAUCCCCAGGUUCAGGAGCAGCAGGUUUUCCCUCAGCAUCAAGCAAAACGCCCUCUCUUUGACACAAUUGGGCACAAUUAUCAGGCUCCAAGGUUGCCCCUUUUGGAUUCGGGGCAAGAGGUGUUUGGCAGGAGGCAGCAAACACAGCUUCCAUUAUUUCCUCACCAUAUGCAACAGCAACAACAUCAACAUCAAUCAAUUGUUAUGCCAUCUGCUAAACAGCAGAAGGUGAGUUCCGCCGGAGACGAUGCAAGCCACCAGCUUCAGCAGGCUAUAUUUGAUCAGUUAUACAAAACUGCUGAGCUGAUAGAAGCUGGUAAUCCGGUUCAUGCGCAAGGGAUAUUGGCGCGGCUCAAUCACCAGCUCUCCCCAAUUGGUAAGCCUUUUCAGAGGGCUGCUUUCUAUAUGAAGGAGGCCUUGAUGUCACUGCUUCAUUCAAAUGCUCACUCUUUCAUGGCUUUCUCACCAAUCAGUUUCAUAUUCAAAAUUGGAGCUUACAAGUCCUUUUCUGAGAUAUCACCUGUUCUUCAGUUUGCAAACUUUACUUGUAACCAAGCCCUUAUUGAAGCUGUAGAAAGGUUCGACCGAAUUCAUGUCAUUGAUUUUGAUAUUGGGUUUGGAGUGCAGUGGUCAUCUUUCAUGCAAGAAAUUGCCUUGAGAAGCAGUGCUGCACCUUCCCUCAAAGUCACUGCGAUUGUGUCACCCUCCACUUGUGAUGAGGUUGAACUCAAUUUUACUAAAGAAAAUUUGAUGCAAUACGCGAAGGACAUCAACGUGUCUUUUGAGUUCAGUGUUCUGAACAUUGAAUCUUUGCACUCUCCUUCUUCUCCACUGCUUGGCCAAUUCUUUGACAAUGAGGCUAUUGCUGUGAACAUGCCAGUUUCAAGUUUCACAAACAAUCCAUCACUGUUCCCUUCAGCUCUUCACUUUGUAAAGCAGCUCAGGCCAAAGGUUGUGGUCACAUUGGAUAGAAUUUGUGAUCGAAUUGACGUGUCACUUCCCACAAAUGCAGUCCACGUUCUCCAAUGUUAUUCAGCGUUGCUGGACUCUCUGGACGCUGUGAAUGUGAAUCUUGAUGUUCUUCAAAAGAUUGAGAGGCAUUUCAUUCAACCAGCCAUCAAGAAAAUCAUUCUUGGCCACCACCAUUCUCAAGAGAAACUCCCUCCAUGGAGGAACCUCUUUCUACAAUCUGGAUUUUCUCCAUUCACAUUCAGCAACUUCACUGAAGCUCAAGCUGAGUGUUUAGUUCAGAGGGCACCUGUGAGGGGAUUUCACGUGGAAAGAAAGCCUUCAUCUCUUGUUCUAUGCUGGCAGAGGAAAGAACUCAUCUCAGUCUCUACUUGGAGAUGCUGAGCAGCAGCAGAAUCUAAUUACCUUAUAUUUUUAAAGGUGCAUGGUAACUUACAUUGCAGUUUAUGUAAUUGUUUGUGUAAUUUAGGCUUAUUUAUGAGAUCCACACCCAAAUGUUUUCUUAACUGCAUGGGUUUUGAAUCUACCGUUAUAUAGUUCUAUGAUUACUAGUAUUCCACUUUUAAUAUGAGUAGUAAUUAUGCCUUUCCCAUCAAUAUAGAUGGGUAACUGUUUCUUUGUUAUCUUGAAAACAAAGCAAAUUGCUUAGUAAGAAAGGAACAUUUUAGCCAAAAAUGCAGUCUUUUUUAAAUCUUCA